ACGUCGAUACGUCGAACUAACCCUGUCCGAUCCGAAGCGCACACGGCAGUGACGGUAUUGCAGUGUGUGCACGCUAGCGUUAUUUUGACCCGUCCACUGGCUGACCGCGGACGGUUGAUAGUGGUACGCCGUUACGUCGUAGUAGGUGAUAGUAGUAACGUCAUGAUGAACACGAAUCUGACGCCUAAGAAAUCCUUCAAGGAGAGACGUACGUUCGAGCAACGUGCGGCUGAUGCGGACGAAAUUAGACAAAGAAAUCCAAAUAGGAUUCCCAUCAUCGUGGAACGUUAUAAGCUGGAAAACCAGCUGCCGCUGCUGGACAAGAAUAAAUUUUUGGUACCAGAUUUCCUAACUGUCGCAGAAUUGUGUAAAAUAGUCAGACGUCGACUGCAGCUGAAUCCAACGCAGGCAAUUUUCUUGCUGGUGAACCAGAAAAGUAUUGUGAGCGGUAGCCUGACGAUGGCCGAGCUCUAUCAGAAUGAGAGGGAUGCGGACGGUUUCCUUUACGUUGUGUUUGCCAGUCAGGAUGUAUUCGGUGGUCAUUAGUUGCAGCACAAUAACACUAACCAACCAAGUAAAAACGAAAUACCUCCUUGGCACUUAACAAUACUUUGAUAGAUAUUUACGUGGAAUUUUGUGGGGAUUCUAGAUCUGCUAGCAACUCUAUCUGCCUUCAAUUAAAUGUGCAGAGUCUUUGUGAUCAACUGACGGUACCUGCUGGAAUAGUUAACGGAACAAUCACAUUUGGAGUCUAUGUAUAAAAUCAUCGCGGUGCUUUCUGUCUUUGACAUAUGGAUGAAUUAUGUCUGAUAUAAGUUAAUGUAACAUCCACUUACUAGUAAUAGUGAUAGUUUAUUGUUAAUUUUAAUGGUGGUAGGAUACGUACGUGGUAAUAAGGUGCGGACACGAUAUGUUACACACAAAUCCUUUCUUUUAAUAAGUAAGAUGGCGAUUGCGGACGGUGUUUCCUGUUUUUCUCUGAUCAUCACACGUUUACCUUCGUGAAAGAACUCGUCAUUAUAAGCCUUGACUAUCGUUCGCGUUCAAGUAGAUUAAUCGUAAGUAAUUUAUAUUAAUAGGCCAGUUGUGUGUGGCUUAGUCUAUCAAUUUGUGUAAAGUUCAUAUAAUUAGUUUGACGUAAUAGUUUCAUAGCACAAUUGUGUUACGCAAGCAAGUUUAAAUGCGAAAUCGAAAAAUCAAAAUGGAUAUUGUGGAAUAAUAAUGGAUGUAAUUUUAUUAGAUUCCGUCGAUGUUUUCAAUUGAUGUGUCAUACUUUUAUACGUUGUUCGACCAUCGUUAGCUCCCUCGAGAGACUACAUUACUAAUAUAAAGUAUCUCUUUUUAUACGGUAAUAAUAUCCUCGUUAAGUAUUAUUUUUACCACACAAUGCUAAGCCAUUGACAAAAGUGUUCAUGUACAUAACGAUAUGCAGCGUGCAGUGUACGAUGAUGCGCGUUAAAUUCUCGCGAAAUUACGUUAAGUUUUACACAGGAUAUAAAAUCGAUCUCUGUCAAGCCUGUGACACGCAAGAUUAUUAAUUAAGUACUAAUUUUAACUGAUAAAUUGUUGUUCGGAGCAAUGUUUUAAAGUAAUUCGACACGAAGUAUUCAGUUCUCUAGAGAACUCGUGCAAUAAGCUAACGAACACGUAGACAUGUAUUAUUACGGGACGAGCAAGGAAAUCAGAACAACUGCGAAAAUUUCAGAAACCUUUUAAAUAUUCUAAAACUAGAGAAUCACAUGUUUGUACAUUGAUACAUAGGGGUUUUAAGCUUUAAAUUCAUCUGAUACCAAUUCAUAUAUACAAAUAUUGUCCUACCUGUUCGAUGUAAUGAUCACGUUUGUGUAAAUAUUCACUAAUCUAUUUUAAUCUUACAGUGGGCUGUAUCAGAUGCAGUUUUAAGCAUAGAACAUAUUUCUAAUAGUCAAAUUUUGUAGUAAUACUGUAAUAAUAUGUUAUUGCAGCUUUUAUGCAGCUUGAUUUUGUACAUGAUGAGCAUGAAUCAAUCUUUACGUAUAAUCGACGCAACGCAGCCAUUUGUACAACGGAAAACGGAACAUUUGUUUGACGAGACUUCGAAUACAUAAUAAAAUUAAAUCGUUUCAGUUGCACUUUCUUAAGCUUCUUACGCUUAAGAUGAAAUAGGUGUAUAUCCGAGCUUUGGAGAGAGAAAAGAGACAAGGAAUAAGACGUAGAAAGUGCAAUUAAAACGAACAGAUUUACAGUUAAUAAAGACGGUAGUGAUACUAGCAGUAGUAGUCACGGUAAUGUUUAGUGACAAAGCUUUCGUAAUAAGCAUAUAGAAAGCUGUAUUUAUCCCGAUGCGAUGUAUUUGCAAUAAAGAAAAUUUUUUCAUA